AUGGACCGCGGCGGCCCCGCGGGCAGCCCCCUGAUCCCGGCGGCGGCAAACGCGGCGCGGGAGCGCAGCCGCGUGCAGACCCUGCGGCACGCCUUCCUGGAGCUGCAGCGCACGCUGCCGUCGGUGCCGCCCGACACCAAGCUGUCCAAGCUGGACGUGCUGCUGCUGGCCACCACCUACAUUGCGCACCUCACCCGCAGCCUCCAGGACGACGCCCAGGCGCCGGCGGACCCCGGGCUAGGCGCCCUGCGCGGCGACGGCUACCUGCACCCUGUUAAGAAAUGGCCCAUGCGAUCAAGAUUAUACAUUGGUGCUACUGGUCAGUUUCUGAAGCAUUCUGUCUCUGGAGAAAAAGCAAAUCAUGGUAAUACUCCAACAGACUCACAGCCCUGA